UAUGAUACAGCUUAAUAAUCAAUAAUAAACAAUACACUAAACACUUAGUUUAGAUAACACUUACAUGAAAUGUGCAUUAAUCCUGAAAUUUAGUCGAAGAGUACAUUACAGAAGCAGCAUGUUUUCACGUGUUUUUAUAUUUUGCAGGAUGUAAGGGGAGGGAUCAGGGGACAUUUUUACGCCUCUUCUACAGAUGGAAGGCUGAUCCUCUGCUCCAUGGAACAAAAAGUGGUGAAGUAACCAUUCACUCCUCUCUCAUUUCUCUGACCACGCUGAGAUAAAAGUUACACCCAGGUCUUCUAAAAGAGCAAUGAAGUACCUAGUGGCUGGUUAUUUCUUCGUCCUGCUCGGUGCUUUAACAGCGGUCUGUGUUCUAGGGAUUCUGUAUCACAAGGAACUGUUCUCGAAUGCCAAAUUAAGUAAGGAGUACGCAAAUGUUACAGCCAUGUUGAAGGUGCAAGUACACAGUGCCACUGAGUUAAAAUCACAUUUGGAUCAAGUUCAAGAGCACUACAAGACCACGUUAAAGCAACUCGACUCACUGAAAGAGAACGAGGGACUGUGUGGAGCGUUGAAAGGGAAGUAUCAGCGAAUUCAUGAGCACCUCAUUGCACACAAUGGAAGCGAAGAUUGCGGAAUUUGUGAGGAAGGAUGGAAGGCUCUUGGUUUAAAGUGUUACUACUUUUCCACUGAGAAACUGAACUGGACGCAGAGUCGAGAUUACUGUGCGGAGAACGGAAGCCAUCUUGUGAUUAUAACCAGCCAAACUGAACAGGAUUUUGUAUCUUCACAAAUUCGUGAAACACACUGGAUUGGCUUGAAUGACUUGGAGACUGAGGGAGAUUGGACAUGGGUGAACAACCAGCCCUUAAAUGAAACGGGUGUGAUGUUCUGGUAUAGCAAGAGCCCCAAACAGCCUGACAACUGGGAAAUGGAGGACCCUUCUGGAGAGAACUGUGCUGCUCUGGGGGACGCGAAUGGUAACCUACAUACAUGGUUUGAUGCGUCUUGUAAUAAGAAAAAAAGGUGUAUCUGUGAGAAGUAAGAUCAUUCUAAAUUUUGUGUCAGCAAAUACUUGUGCUUUCAGGAAUGUAGGAUAAUUUUUCGUUGAUGAGUCUGAAUAUUUUAUAUUGUAAAUCAGCUAACAUUAAAUUUACCUGUUUUUUUUUUUUUUUUAAACAUGUACACAAACAGAUUUAAAUUUAAAUGAAAGGUAACCAAGCACUUUUUUUUGAUGGAAGUAAAUCUUUUUCAGAAUGCCUUACAUUUCACUUUUCUUCUGCGUUGUAAAACAUCAUUGUAUUUUUUGCUUUGUCUUAACCACUAGAUCAUUAGAAGAUGGUGUGAGAUUAUGUAUUUGGUUUUUUUUAGCUGUAUUGUUGAAGUCUCUGAAAUUGUGCAGAAGGGAUGAACAGUAACUUUCUUUCAAAAGUUAUUCUCUCAGUUGGAAACCUCCAGAGCGUAAUAACAGAGCAGCAGAUGUUUCCUUUAACUUUCCACCCAUCUCUACACAGUAUACUUAUGAAUGUUGUGUGUCUAUUUUAACUAGAUGUAAUGUUAAAUUGCUUUGAAUAGCAUUAAGGAAAAAUUAAUCAUUAAUAAAAGUGUGUGAAAAUGUAAUGUGUGUGUAUUGUAGAUGAUUUGCAUUAAGUGAGAAUUUCAGUUCUAAUGCAGCAAUAUUGGGUUAUGAAGGACAGAAAAAGCUCUAAACAGAAGAGAGCUUCUUUAGUUUAGGAUUACAGUCACCUGAUGGAGGUUCCCACCAGCAAAACACCCUGAUCCAGGGUCAGUUUAAAGUUUUCCCCUCUGCCAGGUAUCUGACACUACAGCUUGAAAUGGAUUCUUUGCCUGCUAUGCUUGUUCAGUCAGUCGAGGUUGUUGCAGCAGUCAUUGCAGUGAGAGAUGCACAACAAAUGCACAGUGAAUUAGCUUUCCCCACACCGUUUCAUAUUUUCAGUGAAGUUAUUAGUAGACUACGACGUACACGGCUUGUCAAUUAUGUUACUCUUACUUGUUAAGUGUUUUUCUAUUUUUUAACGUUUAAUACAGAGCUUUACAAAGUUUGUUGUCAAUACUUUCAAGUCUUACUGCGUUACUGCACAAUAGCUCAAACUAAAACUGACAAACACCACAGCACUAAAGUCUGCAACAGAUUCAAACAUUUGUUUACUUAAGGCUGAG